GUCUGCGGCUGACGGGAAGUGCUGAGCGGGCAGCGAGCCCCCGCGGCUCUGAGGGCCGGGCCGAGGUGGACCCCGUGCCGCCGCCCGCAAGGUCACGGUGCGGAGCUCGGGCCGUCCGGGAGGCCGAGGCCGCGGCGGGGAGGCCGCUGCCCCUGAAGGGAGGCAGGAGGUGGACGCGGCCCGCCACGGCGACGGCGGGGAGGAGGGGCGGCCGGCCCGCCUGGCCCGGUUCGGUCCCUGACCCGGUUCCGCGGCGUGUCACCUGGGGUGUGGCCUUCUCCACGGCGGGCUCCGUUUCCUCUGUCUCCGGUGGGCAUUGGACCCACUCCUCGGCCCUGCCGAUGCCCCUGAGGAGAAGCCAUUAUAGAGUAGGACCGAACUGCCCCAUCACUUCAUGACUGACUGAUCAGUGUUUGUAUAAACUACGCCAUGACCACACUUACAGCACAUCUAAAGGAAAACUAGUUUUUUGUGGAAUACACAGAAGGUGGCAUGAGAAACUUGGCAAGAGUUGCAUUUGAGGAUGUUUUAAAUUCCAAAGAGAGGAAUAUUCUUGUGUUCGCAGCAUUAGCCUCGUGUUUGACCUCGCAGAAGAAAGGUGGCAGUAAUGCUAACGCUGGCAAGCAAGUUGAAGCGGGAUGAUGGUCUCAAAGGAUCCCGGACAUCAGCCUCCACAUCUGACUCUACUCGGAGGGUUUCUGUGAGAGACAAGUUGCUUGUUAAAGAGGUCGCAGAACUUGAAGCUAAUUUACCUUGUACAUGUAAAGUACAUUUUCCUGAUCCAAACAAGCUUCAUUGCUUUCAGCUGACUGUAAGCCCAGAUGAGGGUUACUACCAGGGUGGAAAAUUUCAGUUUGAAACUGAAGUUCCUGAUGCCUACAAUAUGGUGCCUCCCAAGGUGAAAUGCUUGACUAAAAUCUGGCACCCCAACAUCACAGAAACAGGGGAAAUAUGUCUAAGUUUACUAAGAGAACAUUCAAUUGAUGGCACUGGCUGGGCUCCCACUAGAACGUUAAAGGAUGUUGUUUGGGGAUUAAACUCUUUAUUUACUGAUCUUUUGAAUUUUGAUGAUCCACUGAAUAUUGAAGCUGCAGAACAUCAUUUGCGGGACAAGGAGGAUUUUCGGGACAAAGUGGAUGAAUACAUCAAACGCUAUGCCAGAUGAUAAGAGGAGAGAUCGCAGGUCUGAGGACUUUGUCACAGUUGUCUCUGAUGUGAAACAGCUCGAGGUAGCCCUCCUCCCCAUCCUCAUACACCCUGUCAGCCCCUUGGGAUUGUCCCAGUCCUGCGACCAUGCUGUCCUGAAGAAGACCCUCCUGACUACCCACUGUAGGUGGCGAACAACGUAAUACAGCAAGAAAGUGUGUCUGGGCCUCGAGAGAGUUGUCUGCUUCCCUUAACAUGUUUACUGAAACUACUGUCUAGGCUGUCUGGUGGAAUUCCUCCGAAGUUGUAAUGAACUCACUGCUGAGGAUGUAGCGCUUGCUUCCUUUCCCCCAACAAUCGGUGUCCUGCACAAGUGAUGUAAUGACAUGUUCCGUGUGACUGGCAGGUUGGCAAUAAGAAACCCGCUAUAAACUGUGAUUGGAUGCACAUUCUCUUAGCUUCUUCCACGAAUGUUGACCCUACCUAGAUGUGAAGCUUCCCAGAAUGCAUAGUCAUUCACUGUAGAUCUUACUGAAAUGCGUAUUUUAUUUAAUGUAAGUAUAUUUUGGAACAGAUUUGUAAUUUGUACAAUUUGAUGCUUUAAUUAUUUUUUCUAUUCUUAUUUACUUUGUAUUCAUUGUAUAGAGCAAACACAAAGAUAUUGGGUCAAGAAACUACUGAAGAGAAAUACAAAGAGACCAUGCUAGGCAUAUAAUUCACUUUCUCCAUAUGCAGCAGGAAUCUGUCUCCUAGACAUCAGCUCUUCCUUCAGGUCUACAUGUGGAUGUCUUAGAGCCUUAGAACCUGCACUGGAUGAUCAAAACCAAAGGCAGGGAGGCUUCCCUCAUGUGCUACCCAGACACAGCAGGCUGGGGCUCUCUAAGCACAGAGGGUGGGUGAUUCUGUCAUUGUCAUACCGUAAGCCAGGGGCUCCUUAACAGACUCUGUCAUUGCUGUCCUGCCUGGGGAACCAGCCUGGUCUCUGACCCUGCCAAACCUCUACUGUGACCGUCUUCCAACUUGCCAGUGGUUCCAAGUGGGGGAGUCUCAUAGCCCUUUGCAGUCCAAGCAGCAGCAGCUGCAGCGUGUACGCCAUAGUCAGAGUAGUGCACUUCAGGGUCAGCCCUGGAGAGAGACAGGUGGGUUGAUUCUGGCUUUAGACAUUUGAACCAGUGAAAUCGAAUGCAAAAUAAAUGCAUGUCUGGUUUUACUCACUGCCUGCCUAGCAUUCACACGUAACUGCCAGUCUUCCUGCCUGUCAUCUUCUGGGUUUAGUAUGCUUUGCAAUGUCAGUUUUGCUUCCCACUUGGCAUCAGGAGUUUGCCAGUUAGCCAUGAGGAUGGCCUCUGCUGGUAGCCACAUACCUAGAGGAACAGAGCAGGAAGGAUGGUAGUACUCCGGUGCUUUAGGUUUAAGACUUGCCCAGGAGCCUCAGCAUCCUCCUCCCAGAUCCUAAGGAAAACUGACUCAAACCCUCUGCCAGUGUUGAUAUCAUUGGUCACUCAGCAGCCAGGCACUGUGCUGGCAUGCACCGUGGGCACUCCUGGUGCCCAGCAGCUGACCAAGGUACCUGCCUGGCAGUGCUAGCAUCACAGGUAGGACAUCCUCACAAGAAUGCUUGAGUGGAAGAAAUGACACUAGUGCCUGUCAGUGUUCACAGUGCCGGGAGAGCAGCUUGCCUGCACUGUGAGAAAGGUGCUAACCUCAGGGUAUCACACAGUAGCGUUUUAUUAGAGGUCAGAUGGUUUAUGACACAACAUUUCCAGAUAAGAGGAUACCUUCUCAUUCUGUUGAAUGGAAAUCACUCUUCCCAAUCCACAGACUCAGUAGCCUCACCACUCACAGUGAGCAGUGGUGCUUACCUGACCUCUAGACUGCCAGCUUCUUGAUUUUUUUUUUUUUUCACCCUGGACAAAGCAACACUCUAGUUCUUGUGACCCCAGCCAGGCUGAUAAUUUCUAGUCUGCCAAGGAAAUAUGAUCCUCAAAGUUGUGCAGAGGCUGGGCCAGCCCUCUAUGGGUAGCUGGUACUCGUGGUCUGUCCUGGGGCAUGGAAGCUCUUGGUAGCUUGAACACACUGCUGACUAUCAGCCUCUGCUUCCUGAGUCUUGGCUCUGCCCUGGAGGCUGCUGCUCAAACUGGGUGAAAGUCGUGUGUUCUCAAGUGCUCAGAGAAGGAAGCACUUGCAGGGUAGGCCUCUCAGAAGGAGAAUCACAUCUUGAAUUGUCUCUUAAACACUCACCCAGCAGCUUCUGCCUGCAGUCUUUCUAAGGAGCUGAGGCAGGGGCACCAUUAGGUAGCAUCCAGGUCUUGGCUGCACGCCACUGUGCCUCUUUCCUCCCAGCCCUGCUCUUGCUAUUUAAUGUUGGUUGGUUUUCUGUUUGUUGCUGCGUGGUCCAAGCUGGCCGUCUGCCUCAGUCUCCUAAGUGCUAGCUAGCAUGACAGGUGUCACAACGCCCACUGUUUAGCAAGCAGAUCCCAGGGAGCGGGGACUUCAGUUGCAGGUGACCUCCCUUUCCGUCCUGUUCCAAGUGCUGAGAACCCCAGAGAUGGCCUGUACAUGCUGCUGAACACAGCAAGGUGUGUACUUGCAAGAGCAGUCCUGUAGAGAAGCUUUGUGGAGCUUCUUCCUAGGGGACGCCACUAUGCUACCCAAACUCCACCCACUUCUGUAGGUGCAUGGCAGUGACAACUCUCAGAGCAACCUAGAGCCCACAUGGUUUUGGUUUUCCUCCCCUGUGAAGCCUGUGGUAGGGGCUAUGCUCUGGUUAACCUUUGUUGAACUUACUCUUCUAAACCAGAAAAGUCACUCACAGAUCCCUGUGGCCAUCGGGGUUGCUUUGUUUGUUUACAUUCAUUCAUUUAUUUUAUGUAUAUGAGUGUUCUGUCUGCAUGUACUCCUGCAUGCCAGAGAAGGGAAACUGGAUCCCCUUAUUAAGAAAUGUGGUUGCUGGAAAUUGAACUUGGGACCUCUGGAAGAGCCAGCCAGUGCUCUCAACCACUGAGCUAUGUCUCCAGUCCAGCACCAGGGUUUUUGCUGACAACCCAGCAGAAUUUUCUUUUUUGGUUAGAAAUACCCAAUAAUGGACUGGCAAGACGGUUCACUGACAAAGGUGCUUGUAUACAAGCCUGGUGACCUGAGUCUGAUCCUCUUCUCCCUCCUCCCAGCCCCUGUAAGAGUGGAAAGAGAACCAGCUCCAUAAAGCUGUCCUCUGACUUCCAUGUGAGUUAUGUAUGGCACGUGCUCAUACAUUAAUAAUAAGAAAAUAAAUUUUAAGACGAGGCUAUAAGCCAGUAGCCAUAGUCUCGGUAGGCAUUUUCUCAUUGCCUGUCCCAGGGUGAUUUUCACCUUCAGCCAUUACAAAUACUCCAUCUAAGAUUCAGACACCACAGUUCCACUGUUGAUGAAGUAAGAUAUGCUUAGUAAAAUGCUAGGGUAUGGUAACGUUGCUGGGCAUACUUUUGCCAAAGAAGAACUUUAACAAUAAAGCCUGUGACGCCUCUUCCCUUCCAUGACCUGUAUCAAGCACUACCAGCACGGGAGGGCUGAUGCAGGAGGCCACACUACCUGUCUGUGCAUACUGAAAGAAUUACAUUUUAAAGCACAUGCUGGAGGCCUUAGUUAGGAAUGUAUUGUACAUGUUGAGUGACAUAAAGAACUGAAUCAUCUCAAAUCUCAGCUUUGGACUCAUUUGCUCUCAUUCUCAAAUUUUCUGAGCCAGAGUUUUUCCAAAAAAUGUCCUAGGUUCUCAGCUAUCAAGACCAUUGGCCACAGCAGGGCCUGCCUUCUGGGUGUUGCAGUGCUACUGUGAACAGGGCCUCUUGCACAGCCUCAGACAGGAGCACUUGUGGCAGGUAUCCAUCCAGAAAAGAAAGGAGCUGAGCUGACGUCGUUCCUGAGGCUGUUCCUGAGCAUCCAGUGUGCUGAUGCCACACUGCUAAGCACUUGGCACUGGCAGGUCUAGGCUGUCUGUCAUUUCCUCCACCCUGAGUUUUGUCACCUCUGCAUCCCUGCUGUACUUUCUAGCCACUCCUCACUCAGGAAGCUCAUGAUAUUGGGAGAUUUGGUAUCAAGCCAGCCAUUCGUGUUAGCAAACAUUUGUUUAGAGAAGAAAACUGCAGGUCUACAAUCCAGACCCUUCCUUACUGAAGAGUGGGAGCCGAGGGUCCGUGCCAGGCGGAACUGUGGUGAACAGCUUUCUUCCAUUUCAGAAGUUUGGCCUCACACUAGUGUCUGAAAAAGAUGGAGGACUGACAAGGAGCUGUAGAUGAAUCAGGAGACAUAGGCAGAGGUCCAGUGUUUCCAUUGCCCUCACAUUGCCAGCCCCACAGGAAACAGUCAUUGAGGUCCCCAGCCUCAAAGUAGUGCCUUCACGCCCUGAAACAUCUACUCAGUUCAGUCUAGUCUCAGCUUUCCUCUUGGGGCUCUGUCCGUAUCUAGUUCACAUACUUUUUACACAUAGAUAGAUAGGCACUUGUGAGGACUCCAGUCUUUCCAGCCAUCAGGAAACACGGUGGGAAUGUCAUGUGGCCUUAUAUGUGUUCCUGUCCUUCUGGGAGCUGGUAAACACCUGGAGCCUUACCUUGGCCCUCUGACAACCUGGGUAGGUUAUAGUGUGGCUCUUUACUGUUGAGCAAAAUAGAGAGUAUGGAGUGUGUACCAGAGGUGGUUGCCCAAGGAACUACCAAGAAACUGGGUUCCCUGACCAGCCAUGCAGAGACUGAAGGGAUCUGCCCACCGAUGAGGGAGCUGGUCUGCAUUGUUUAUGCCAUUUUCUUUGCCUGAGUAAGGAGCCUAGGGAAAGAAGAACAGAGAAAUCUUUCCUAGAGGCUCAGAGUUACCUAUCCAUGUGAAUAGAAAUAAAGUAUAGGAUGGAAAAAAAUGUAGGCAGCCCCCUUAAAUAACAUGCUGACUCAGACCAAAAAAUGUCAGGGAAAGACAGGCUAAAGUGAAAGACAACAGAGAAAGCCAUGCCAUGACAAAAGCCAUCCACCUGCCAGGGAUGGGAUCAGUGGGUAAGAGCACGGGUUCGAUUCCCAGCACCCACAUGGCAGCUCACAACUGUAACUCCGUUCCAGAGGAUCCAACACCCUUGUAAAUAUGUGCAGGCGAAACACCAAUGCAUGUGAAAUAAAAAUUAUUUUUAAAAAUUUAA